AUGGAAACUUUAGUGUCAUUGAAAAUUUAAGAUACAUCUACUAGAUACAAUAUACUUUAGAGGUUAGGAUUUGGAGGCCAAGGAACUGUAUACUUAGCUGAAGAUCUUGAAGACCCAGAAUAGAAACUAGUUGCCUUAAAGUAACAAGAUUUAGACUAAAUGCUGGGAACGAUCAAGAAUUCUAUCCUUAGACAGCAUUAGUGCUUAUAAUGCUAAUUAUGUACUCGCUGUAAGCAUUGUCAGUCAUGUGAUACUUGCAAGCACAAACCACUAACAGUAUAAGGAAAUAGUGAUUUAGAAUUGUUAGAAGAAUCAGCAAAUGAAGCAAAAGGUAUACUAUCAAAAGAACUUCUUCGACUUUUGAGAGAAAUUUCCUCUAUUCAGCUUAAACAUCUGAAUAUUGAGGAUAUUUAUGACUCAUACAUCUCAACUGAUAGCAAAUUCAUCAUCAUAAGUGAAUUGGCUCAACAAGACCUUGAAAGUUAUGUGGAAAAGUGA